AUGGCAACUCUUAUAUACGAUGCAUAUAACAGUCUAACUCGGAAGAAGACGUACGAUACAGAAACAUUACAUAUAUCGCAAUUGAAACGUUGUCUAAACGUAUUUGAUCUUACUAUAUUAGGUAUUGGUUCUACGUUAGGCACUGGUAUAUAUAUUCUAACGGGGCAAGUCGCUUCUGGCGUAGCUGGUCCUGCAGUUAUUGUGAGUUUUUUAAUUGCUGCUGUAGCUUCUAUUCUUGCAGGCUUAUGUUAUGCAGAAUUUGGAGCUCGUGCACCUCGAGCCGGCAGUGCUUACACUUACACAUACGUUUCUGUUGGUGAGAUAAUGGCUUUCAUAAUUGGAUGGAACAUGAUUUUGGAAUAUGUCAUAGGCGCUGCAAGUACAGCAAGAGCUUUGAGUGCAUAUUUUGAUUCCCUGAUUAGUUAUUCAAUGAAGCACGCUUUCAGAGCUCAUUUGAGUAUUAAAGUUACUGGCUUCGCUGAAUAUGCAGAUGUAUUUGCUAUGGGUUUGUGUUUGUUAUUAACAGCUUUUCUUGUACUUGGUAUUAAAGAAUCGGCAAUGUUAAAUAACGUUUUUACAUUCGUUAAUUUAUCAGUGGUUUUGAUUGUAAUUGUUGUUGGUUUAACAAAAGCAAAUUUUCAUAACUGGCAUUUGUCUCCUCAAGAAAUCUACAAUGUAACAAACCAUACGAGAAAUGCGGGAACAGGCGGAUUUUUUCCAUUCGGUUUUUCGGGAACAUUGGCUGGUGCAGCGACAUGUUUCUACGCAUUUGUAGGGUUUGAUUUGGUUGCUACAACAGGUGAAGAGACAAAGAAUCCGCAGAGGGCCAUUCCAAUCAGUAUCUGUUUUACAUUACUGGUUUGUUUACUUGUUUAUUGUGGUGUAUCAUUUGCUAUUACUUUAAUGGUUCCCUAUUAUUUGAUUGAUAAAGAUGCGGGUUUACCAACAGCUUUUGCUUAUGUCGGGUUGCCUGUUUUCAAAUACAUCGUUGGAGUUGGUGCACUUGCCGGGAUAUUUACAUCGUUACUUGGUUCAUUACUGCCGCUACCGCGUGUGCUCUAUGCAAUAGCUAGUGAUGGUCUCAUAUUUCGUUUUAUUGCAUGGAUUCAUCCGAAGCGGCGUAGCUGCGGGUAUCAGCCUGUUGAUGAUCCAUUAAUUAGUUCUGAUUAUCUUAGUUAUAAACCACUUUGGCAAGAACUAAUUCGUCCAUCACAACAUCAUCCAACUGCCUUAACAGCAUCUAUUACUAAGAUUCUUAUUACUGCAAUAACUGUGAAUGGUUUUAUACUUUGUGCCAUUCAAAUAUUUGCUGGUGAUCGACUUCUCCGGAAAGAUGCAUUUGUAGUUUUCUUUUUCUCAUUAUCUUGCAUAUUGGAAUUAAUAUUUCUUAUUAUGAUUGCAGUGCAGCCAAAAAAUCAAAAAUCAUUAUAUUUUGAAUUAUCCUACCAUGAGGCUCCACUCAUUCCAUUCGUGCCUAUAUUCAGUGUACUAAUUAAUAUUUAUUUAAUAUUGAAAUUACAACCGGCAACAUGGAUUCGUUUUGGACUAUGGAUGUUUGUCGGUAAGCACAAAAAGAACAAUGAUAAUCUCUAG